AUGGCUGGCCUGAAUGUCUCCAUUGCCUUUUUUUUCCUGGUUUUCGGGGUGUGCCAGGUGCUCAGGUGGCUUUCCAAGAAGCUUCUGUCUCCUGGAGCAUAUGGCUGCCUUUCCAGAGAAUUUGCUGGCUCGUUACAGUUGUGCAUGAGCUGCCUUGAGCUGAGGAUGCUAUUGGAGAUCGGCCUGUGGGGUGGUGGCUUUGGCCCAGACGUGGUCCUCACUCUGCUCUUCCUCCUCUUUGCUGUUCAUGGUGCCUCUUUUGAUGGAGCAUCUGCCAACCCGACAGUCUCUCUCCAGGAGUUCCUGCUCCUCGACUGCAACCUUGCUGCAACUGCUGCCAAGCUCCUGGCCCAGGGUGCAGGCAUGGGGACAGGCUGGGCUGUCACCAAGCUCUACUGGUCCUGGGAGCUGACGCAUUUCCACCUCAUCCAGAACCUGAUAGCGUCGGAGUGCAGCUCCUCCAUCCACACCUCUCUGCACCACGCUGCCUUUGUGGAAGGCACCUGCUCUUUCCUUUUCCACCUCGUCCUUCUCAGGUUGCAACAGAGUCACCCUAUGUACCGGGUCCCUGCGCUGGCAGCGACUGUCACCUUCCUGACCUACACAGCCGGACCGUUCACGGGGGCCUUCUUCAACCCUGCCCUGGCCACAGCCACCACCUUCCACCGCUCCGGGGCGACCUUGGACUACGUCCAGGUUUACUGGCUGGGGCCCCUUGCAGGGAUGCUCGCUGCCCUCCUGCUGUACCAAGGCAACAUCCCACGACUCUUCCAGAAAAACCUCCUUUACAGACAGAAGAACAAAUACAAGAUACCCAAGGCAAGGGCGGCGGCACACGUGGAGGGUGACGAACCACAGCGGAAGAGGAAAGGGGAGACGAGCAACUCCAAGCCUCGUGUCUGA